GUGCAGAGUUUCGUUGGAUCUUCUUCUUCCUGCAGCUCGUCAUGAGUGUCGGUGUGUUUGCGGCUGCAGUUGGAUGACAGAGUUCAUCUGCUGCUGUUUUAAAGGUGAAACCUUCAGAUUUACUUGUCUGACUGGAUCAGAACUGAACUGAAGAACCAGGUUUUCACCACUUUGUUGCAGCUGGGUAAUACUGAAGGGAAGCAGCUGCUGACACUUUUUACUCAAGAUUAAAAGGAUUCUAGUUUGAGUUUUUGGAAACUCCUCUUCUCUCGCUGUUUCCUCAUCAUGGCGCCAGGCAGCAGCUGGAUAACGGGCUGCUCUCUGGUUCUAAUGCUGCUGUUCCAGUCCCGCAGCGCUCAGUACGAGAGGGGGAUUUCCAUCCCAGAUCACGGCUUCUGCCAGACCAUCUCCAUCCCUCUCUGCACAGACAUCGCCUACAACCAGACUAUCAUGCCCAACCUGCUGGGACACACCAAUCAGGAGGACGCCGGGCUGGAGGUCCACCAGUUUUACCCGCUGGUGAAAGUCCAGUGCUCUGUGGACCUGAAGUUCUUCCUGUGCUCCAUGUAUGCACCGGUUUGCACGGUGUUGGAGCAGGCCAUCCCGCCCUGCCGGUCGCUGUGCGAGCGUGCACGGCAGGGCUGCGAGGCACUCAUGAAUAAAUUUGGCUUCCAGUGGCCGGAGAGGCUGCGAUGCGAGAACUUCCCGGUCCAUGGCGCAGGAGAGAUCUGUGUGGGUCAGAACACCACCGACAGAGACGGCCCCGCAUCGGACCCGACCCCCAACCUCCCUGAACUCGUGACCCGGCCCCCAUACGUCUGGACCAACCAGCCCUUUUCCUGCCCCCUGCAGCUCAGAGUGCCCCCCUACCUCAGCUACCACUUUCUGGGAGCGAAGGACUGUGGCGCCCCCUGUGAGGUCUCCAAGCCCAACGGGCUGAUGUACUUCCUGGAGGAGGAGUUAAGAUUUGGCCGGCUCUGGGUCGGUAUCUGGUCGGUUCUGUGCUGUAUGAGCACCCUCUUCACCGUGCUCACUUACCUGGUGGACAUGAGGCGGUUUCGAUACCCAGAGCGGCCGAUCAUCUUCCUGUCAGGAUGCUAUUUCAUGGUGGCGGUGUCCUACGUCGCCGGCUUCCUGCUGGGGGACAGAGUGGUGUGUAUCGAUAAGUUCGGUGUGGACGGCUACAAGAUGGUGGCCCAGGGCACCAAGAGAGAGGGCUGCACCAUCCUCUUCAUGGUCCUCUACUUCUUUGGCAUGGCCAGCUCCAUCUGGUGGGUGAUCCUGUCCCUCACCUGGUUCCUGUCAGCUGGGAUGAAAUGGGGUCACGAGGCCAUCGAGGCCAACUCGCAGUACUUCCACCUGGCGGCCUGGGCGGUACCGGCAGUUAAAACCAUCACCAUCCUGGCGCUGGGGCAUGUGGACGGCGACCUGCUCACCGGCGUCUGCUACGUGGGGAUUUACAACGUGGUGGCCCUGCGUGGCUUCGUCCUAGCGCCGCUGUUCGUCUACCUCUUCAUCGGCACUUCCUUCCUGCUGGCAGGCUUUGUGUCACUCUUCCGCAUUCGCACCAUCAUGAAGCACGACGGCACCAAGACGGAGAAGCUGGAGAAGCUGAUGGUGCGGAUCGGCGUGUUCAGCGUGCUGUACACAGUGCCCGCCACCAUCGUCAUCGCCUGCUACUUCUACGAGCAGGCAUUCCGGCCGCAGUGGGAGAGGACGUGGCAAAUACAGACGUGCAAACGCUUCGCCGUGCCGUGCCCGGCCGGAAACUUUGCACCGCUGACGCCGGACUUCACCGUGUUCAUGAUAAAGUAUCUGAUGACCAUGAUCGUGGGGAUCACCUCCGGCUUCUGGAUCUGGUCGGGGAAGACGCUGCAGUCUUGGCGCAGCUUUUAUAACAGACUGAGCAACAACAACCAGGGAGAGACGACGGUGUAGCAGCGGACUUUUACUCCUCGACUCCUGGAAGUAAACUCUGUGUUCCACUGAGCCUGGAUGGAUCAAGACAUUCCUCUCUGACAGAACAUGAGCAGCUGAGGACCUCGCUGUGUGUUUUGAGUCCGCCCCAAAUUCUUUUUACACCUGUAGUUCUUUAAUCAGGUCCAGAGGGCAUGUGGGUCACACUGAUCGUCUGACUGAUCAUCAGGGCUGAUAUCCAUAAUUUCCCAGCUUAUCAAUGUUAAUGAUUUUCUGUCAGAUGGGAGAUAAAUUAAACAUAUGAACUACUAAAUACUCCUCCAAUAUCAGUUUUCAGUCUGUUGGAGCGUUACAGUCCCAUUUUGUGUCGGUGCCACUUCCUGUCCUUGUGGUUCUGACCCGUUUGUUCCUGAUUCAGAGUGUCUCUUCUCCUACAGAACAUCUGUAUGUACUUUAUAAAUAAUGUAUUUAUGUGAAGUUCAUCUUCUAAAUGAUGUUGUUGUCUCGUUUGUUUCCUGCAAUGCUUCUUGUACAGUUUUUCAGAAUAAAAUGUUUUUAAAGAGUUCUGGCUGCAGCGAACACUGGUGUCUCUACUGGACCUGGUUCAUGACCGCUGAGUGUUACAGGAGGUUUGUUGCAGGCGCCAGAUUCCUCCUGAAAUCUGAUCCCAUUUCUUUUUCCUUUUGUCCCGGCUGAAAGCCUCACCGAGCCUCAGAGACUGAAACCAGAGCGGUCUGACCUCCUUACAGGGAAAGUCCAGAAAACAGUUUCAUCUUUUUCAUCAACUCUUUUCACGUCAGAACCACUUUUCAUUCAGAGCAGCAAACAUGAAACUCAUACUGAUCCGUUCUGCUCCUGAGGAAACCAUUACCUCAUCAUAGAUCCACUGAGAGACACAUUCAGAACUCCACAGAGAUUCUUCAUGCUUUAAGUUUCCUUCAGUGUCACAGAGAUCCAAUCACAGUCGUCUGUUCAUCCACGAGUUCACUGCUAACAGGAAAUGCCAACAGCUGAUUCUGCUGAUAUUAAUGGAGACUAUCUGACUGCAAGUGAACAAAUAAUGACUUCUCUGUCUCUGAUGUCUUUAAAUAUAAGA